AACCGCUGAGAGGUGGGAGUGCCAGGCGAGGGAGGCAGGCGGUCCCCUCGGAGGGCGCUGGGAGCUCCUUUCCGCCCCUCCGCCUGUUUCCAAGCCUGGGCUCUUUGGAGUGGCUGAAGCUGCGAAGCGCUUCUAGAGCCUGUGAAUGAACCCUCCUCCUCUCCCUCCUCCUUCUCCCUGAGUCUCCUCCUCGGCGCUGACGGUACAGUGAUAUAAUGACGAUGGGUGUCACAACCCGCAUUUGAACUUGCAGGCGAGCUGCCCCGAGCCUUUCUGGGGAAGAACUGAAGGCGCGCGGGCGCAGCAGCCGCGGGUUAUUGGGUGCUGGGGACAGACGCUGGGACAGGGAUCUGCGGCAAGCAGCGCAUCCUCCCUCACCUCCAGCUCUGUCCCGCACUCGCCUCAUCUUUCCCCAGGCCACCGCGCUUCCUAUGUGAUCUGCCGGGGCAACGCGGAGCCCAUCUUCACAGCUCAGCAGUGAAUUUUCUCCCCCAAACUGCAGUACGCCGCCUUUCAAGGGCAAGAUGUUGAUAAAUAUGAAAAGCAUCUUAUGGAUAUGCUCAACCUUAUUAGUAACCCAUGCACUGCAAAAAGGGAAAAUGGAAAAAAGCCCACCUGUUAAAGGCUCUCUGUCCGGAAAAGUGAGCCUACCUUGUCAUUUUUCUACCAUGCCUACAUUACCACCCAAUUACAACAUGAGUGAACAUCUCAGAAUCAAAUGGUCUAAGAUGGAAGCAGACAAAAAUGGAAAAGACAUAAAGGAGACCACUGUGCUGGUGGCCCAGAAUGGGAACAUCAAGAUCGGGCAGGACUACAAAGGGCGAGUGUCAGUGCUUACACAUCCUGAGGACGUGGGUGAUGCCUCCCUCACCAUGGUUAAACUCCGUGCUAGUGAUGCAGGUGUCUACCGCUGUGACGUCAUGUAUGGGAUCGAAGACACUCAGGACACCAUGUCACUGGCUGUGGAUGGAGUUGUAUUUCACUACAGGGCAGCGACCAGUAGAUAUACUCUGAACUUUGCAGCUGCGCAACAGGCUUGUUUGGACAUUGGAGCAGUCAUAGCAACCCCAGAGCAGCUCUUUGCCGCCUAUGAAGAUGGAUUUGAGCAGUGUGAUGCAGGAUGGCUGUCUGAUCAAACUGUUAGAUACCCCAUAAGGGCCCCCAGAGAAGGCUGUUAUGGAGACAUGAUGGGGAAGGAAGGGGUCAGGACCUAUGGAUUCCGCUCUCCCCACGAAACCUAUGACGUGUAUUGUUAUGUGGACCAUCUGGAUGGCGAUGUGUUUCACAUCACUGCUCCCAAUAAGUUCACCUUUGAGGAGGCAGAAGAAGAGUGUGAAAACCAGGAUGCCAGACUGGCGACAGUUGGGGAACUUCAUGCAGCUUGGCGGAACGGCUUUGACCAAUGCGAUUACGGGUGGCUGUCAGAUGCCAGUGUGCGGCACCCCGUGACUGUGGCCAGGGCCCAGUGUGGAGGUGGUCUACUUGGGGUGAGAACCCUGUAUCGUUUUGAGAACCAGACAUGCUUCCCUAGUCCUGAUAGCAGAUUUGAUGCCUACUGCUUUAAACCUAAACAGAAUAUAUCAGAGGCAACCACCAUCGAAAUGAAUAUCCUCGCAGAAACUGCAUCACUCAGUUUAUCCAAAGAACCAUACAUGGUACCUGACAGAGCUACACCAAUCAUUCCUUUAGUCACCGAAUUACCUAUCAUUACCACACACUUCCCUCCUGCAGGAAAUAUUGCCAAUUUUGAACAGAAAUCUGUAGUCCAGUUUCAGGCUAUCACAGACAAAUUAGACAAUGAACCACCCACACCUGCUGGGAGUACCAAGAACCACUUGCAUUUGAAUGACUACCUACCUUCUGUGUCUGCACCACUGGAAAAGCCAGAUAUAUCUGAAAUUAAGGAGGAAGGACUCCAAAGUACAACUGUCAUCUCCCAACAUGGUACUGACUCAAAGGAUGGAAUCACAGAGGAUGUGCAGACACAUGAAUCUGUUACACAGAUUGAAGAAAUAGAAGUGGCCCCCUUAGUAACAUCCACAGAAAUCACAAAGCACAUUUCUUCCAAGGAAUUGGCAGAAACUGGAACAACACUGGAACCCACAAAAGUGAUCCUGGAACAAAAACCUGAAAAGCCGACUGUAAGCACCAGUCCUGAAUUGGCAACCACAAGUCCCUAUGGGUUCACCAUGAGAGAAGAGAAGAGUGAAGACAGAACACUGACAGUUAGAUCUGAUCAGAGCACCCAGGUCUUUAGCCAAAUACCUGAAGUCAUCACAGUAUCAAAGACAUCAGAAGACACUACCUUCUCCCAGCCAGGGGACUUAGAGUCCAUUUCAACAUCAACAAUUGUUUUUCCUAUAACUAUGCUUGAUGUUGACGAAUCACUCAUAGAUAAAGAGAAAGAACAAAAAACUAAUGGUAAAAUGACUGAAGAACCUUUUGUUCAAUCACAGCCUACAACUCUCUUUCCAUCACAGCAUCUUACAGAAGUAGAAUUGUCUCCCUAUUCUGGUGACAUGAUAUCAGUGGAGGGAAUAUCCACAGUUAUUUAUCCCUCAUUACAAACAGAAGUAUCACAAGGAGGUAAAAGAACAGAAACACCAAGACCAGAGUUGAAAAAAGAUAUUCACACAGCUGAUGAGAAACAAGAAAAGACCACCCAAGAUCCAGUUAUAGGUAUAACAGAGGAAGCCUUCUCUGAAAUGAAGCUCUCGCCAUCUUCCUCGGGACAAAUUCGUUUUACAGAGUCUACAGUAGAAGACUCUGUUUCCCCAGCAUUGAAAACUGAGAAGUCAAGUGUGAAGCCAACAGAAGCAAGUGAUAUAGAAGAAAUGACAACUCUUACUAGAUCUGAAACAGAUAUUACAAAGUAUUACAAAGAUGUGACAACAGCUCAUUUGACCCAGAGUACUUUCAAUUUGGAAGUGGUCACUGUAUCAAAAUGGUCAUUGGAUGAAGAUAAUUCAACUUCAAAGCUUUUAGCCUCAACAGAACUUGUUGGCUCUACAAAAUUGCCCCCUGUCUUACUUAACACUGUAGGAAAAAAUGGAAAGGAUAAAGAAACCUCGAGUUUCCCAUAUGUAGGAGACCAAUAUACUCUUUCCCCAGAUAGUGCACAAAAACCAUUAGAAAAGGUGUCUGAGGAAGACUUAACAUUGGGGGAAUUUACAGUUACAUUUCAGCCAGCUAUGUCAGUUGGCAGUUCAGAAAAGUCAACUUUGAGAGAGUUUGUAACUGAAGACAGAGUUCUGCCCACCGCAAGCACAGAAGACCAAGACACUAAUGCAGUUGUGGAAGGAAGUGCUUUGGGCGAAGAUAUAGAUGCCUCCAAACCACUGUUUACUGUCCCCCCAUUUGCACACACCUCUGAUGUGGAAGGAUUGGCAUUUGUUAAUUAUAGUAGCACCCAGGAGCCCACUACUUAUGAAGACAUAUCCCACACUAGUCCUCUUUCUGUAAUUCCCAAGACAGAAUGGAGUGUGUUGGAAUCUUCUGUUCCACUGGAAUAUGAGGUUCUAGGCAAAUCUGAUCAAGAUCUCAUUAAACAGACUCACCUAGAAGCAACCACAUCUCCUGAAGCUUUGAGAACAACAGGACUCACACAGGGAGAAAUCCAGGAAGAACCACAAACCACAGGGAGCUCAUUUUCUGUUCUCAGUUCUACUGAAUUAAUGACCAAUGAGACAACAGCAUUCAGAGAAGAGGGGGAGGGAUCAACAUAUAUGAUCUCUGAAGACAGAUGGGUGCCAGGUUUUGAGAGAGUUCCAGCUUUAGAAACAACUCCAGUUGAAACAACUGCCCAUGGUACAUCUUAUCCACCUGGUACAGUAACACAGCACAAAGUGGAAAUGGGGACAAUGGUAACACUAACAUCAACCGUUAAGCCAAAGGCAGUUUUAAGUACAGAGGCAGAAUUAACAUCUGAAGGAGAAGGUAGUAGUCUAACAGAAUUUGCAUCAACUUUGAGGCCCUUCAGGACUCAAGUCACACAGCUUAUGGAAGAAACUACUGAGGAACAAAAGAAACCAUCCCUAGACUAUAUAGAUUUAGGCUCGGGAUUAUUUGAAAAACCCAGAGCCACGAAACUCCCAGAAUUUCCAGUUGUUCCAAGUGACGUCAGUGCCUUCACAUUCAUAGACAGCCUUCACAGAACUCCACCAUUCAAGCCCUCUUCGCCCUUCACCAAAGAACCACCUGUCAUUGAGGAGGAGCCCCGUGAGAAAACGACAGGGGACAUUAUGCUUCAUAAAGAGUCUGUAACACAGCACCCUCCCACAGCUUUCACUGAUAUCAUAGCUAAGGAAACGGAAACGGAUGUUGAUCAAGAGUAUCACAUGACUUCAAGGCCUCCUGUAACACAGCCAACAAGACCAUCCACUGUGGAAAGAAAAACGACCUCCAAACCUCAGCCAUUGUCUACUUCAGCACCCCAAGCAGGGACAAAAUCCCGCCAUGACAUAAAUGUUUAUAUUAUUGAGGUCAGAGAAAACAAGACAGGUCGAAUGAGUGAUAUGGUUGUGAAUGGUCAUCCAAUAGAUUCAGAUCCUAAAGAAGAUGAACCAUGCAGUGAAGAAACAGAUCCACUGCAUGAUCUGUUUGCUGAAAUUUUACCCGAAUUACCAGAUUCCUUUGAAAUAGACAUAUAUCACACUGAGGAAGAUGAAGAAGGAGAUGAGGAUUGCGCAAAUUCAACUGAUGUCACAACGACUCCCUCGGUACAGUACAUCAAUGGGAAGCAUCUUGUCACCACAGUGCCCAAGGACAUGGAAGCUGCAGAAGCUAGGCGUGGCCAAUAUGAAAGUGUUGCACCUUCUCAUAAUUUCUCAGACAGUUCUGCAGGUGACACCCACCAGUUUAUAAUAGCGGAAAUGGAAUUAUCAACUUCCAUGCAAUUUAACAAAUCUAAAGAAGCCACCGAAUUGAUAGAAAUCACAUGGAAACCUGAGACUUACCCUGAAACACCAGAACAGUUUUCAAGUGGUGAGCCUGAUAUUUUACCUACAAUCUCAUCCCAUGAGGGUAAAACUAUUAAAUUGGCUGAGUCCAUUACAGAGAGCAGUCCAAUCCUUGAAAUUCCAGAGCAUCAACAGCCUAAGCCUAUACUUCUGUCUCUUGAUGAGUAUUCAGGAGAGGGUGCCAUUGAACAAGUAUCCCAAAAAACAGUCUUCUCUGGGACUACAGAAGUAACUUUAAGCAAAGAGGAGGAACAAAGUCCUACCAUAUCUACCUCUAAUAUACUUUCAAGUUCUGUGUCAGUGAGUGUUUUGGAAGAAGAACCAAUUACCCUAACAGGAACCCCACAGACUGAUGACUCCUUGUCUACUGUGGAAAACUGGGUAGAGACAAUGCCUAGACAAACUGUAGAGUUCUCAGGGAGUUUUUCAGCCCCUAUUACUGAAGGAUCUGGGGAAGUGGAAGAAUAUAACAAUAAAAUCUUCACUAUGGCAACUGAUUUACCACAGGGAAAUCCUACAGAUAAAUUCAUCCCUUUGGAUAUGAGCAAAAUAAUGACCACGGACAGCCAUUUAUAUAGUCCCAAAACCACCAUUCCUUUGCAUUCAGAGCUACCUUCUCCAGAUGGAAGUACUACACAAUUUGUAAUUCAAACAGAUGCUUCUGAGUGGGUUUCUAGUAUAUCUUUUGAAGGAAGGAAAAGGGAAGAAGAUAAAGAGAAAACUACAAAUGCAGCUCCCAUCAUUGAAGUACAAUCGCCAGCACAAAUGUCAGAUCACAUAAUUUUACCUCCAGAAUUAGAAAGCUCAAGUGUAGCUGCAUCUAGUGAUUUAGCUACCUGGGAAAGUUUUAUGGCAGAGACAACAUCCACAGGGUCUGAAAAGGAAAUAGCAAAUUCCACUCUUUCUUCUAGAGAAACAAAUGAUUUGAUCAAUUUGGAGGCACAGUCCAUUAAGCACAGUAGUAGCAGUCAGCUCCAGGUCCAGGAAGUGCUGUCCACUCUCUCAGAAUGGCCCCAAUCUCUUUCUGUGGAACAGAGCUCAGGAGAUGCUGAAGCUGAUCCAGAAUCCGCGACUGCUUCAUUUUCAUUAACUUUGGAGUCUGAAACCCCAGUCAAAAAAGAAUUACCUAGUGCUCUGCCUCCCAGUGUGGAAACUUCAUUCCGCUCAGAGGCAACAGGAUUCUCUCUGAGUACUGUAUUGGACAAAGGAGUUGCUGAAGUUGUGAACCAGGUAUCUAAGGAAACAUGGACUUCAGAAGUAUCAGGAAAGCCAACACCCCAGGCAGAAGUAAGGGAUUUUUCUACAGGUUUUCCUUUGGCAGAAGAUUUCAGUGGUGACUUUAGUGAAUUUUCAACAGUGUCUUAUCCAAUGAUGAAAGAGGAGAGAGUGGGUAUGGGAGAUUCUGAGAACAAACAAGUUGGGGAUACGCAGACUUCAAUAACUAUACCACCUACCUCAGACAUUAACUUGGUGCCUGCCUCAAAUGGACUCAGCAGUACCAUGGCCAGCACCUCAGCCUUCCCCUUGGAAGAGUUCAUGGCCUCAGCUGAGGGUUCAGGAGAGCAAAUGGCCUCGGUCAGAAGCUCUGUUGGCUCAGCCCAUCCCUUUGUUGUGGCAGAAGCAGAUGCAAGACCCACAGCAGACACUGGAAAUAAUACAGAACUGACAGAAAAUGGGGACAUAAAGGUAAAUGGCACAAUUUCAGUGGAAUUUCCCCAAACAUUGGAGCCAGCCAAAUUAUGGUCUAAACAGGAGGUCAAUACUGCAAAACAAGCAACUGAAAGUGAAAUAGCAUCCAAGGAAAAAGCGCAAGAACAAAAGACGUUUGAAUCUCUCCAGAGUUCUCUUGCACCCGAACAAAUAAUGUUGGAAUCCCAAACACUUACUGAAGAUAAACCCCAAACUUCAGAUUAUUCUAUGCUAACAACAAUAAAAACAUACAACACUAAUAAGGAAAUGGAGGAGGAAAACAUGGCCAUACCUCAUAGGCCUACUCUCGAUCCAGAGAUAAAAGGCUCAGAACCAUAUGUUAUUCAUCCUGAAACAACCGGGAAACCACAUUCUUUCAUAGGUACUGCUUUAGUGACUGAAUCUGUGCUAGCUACAAGUGUAGUCAUGGAUACAUCAACUCAAGAGGAAGAAAGUACACAACCCUUCGAAAAGGAUAUGAAACAAACAUUUAAAGAGUCAAGCACUGAUCUCUCAUUCUCUGGACUGGGAUCAGGGGAUGCCUUGCCUCCUCUAACUACAACAUCAGUGAGUUUGACUGAAAUAGAGCACAUCAUUAGCACAUUGUAUCCUGAGACAUCUCACACGGAAGAUGAUGAAAGAAUAGAAAAUGGGUCAGAUGAAGUUAGAACACUUAUUUCCAAAACAGACAACAUCUCUCAAGAUAAUAAGGAGACACCCAACACAACUUUGAGUGGUGCUGAAAGAGAAGGACCUACUACUUCCCCUCGCCGUUUCACCAAGCACAUGGAUAUGGGGCAUUCUCCAAGUCAGACCUUCAUAUGGGAAGAAGAAAUCCAGACGCAUAGACCACAAACUAUGACUGAACAGAUCUCUAGUGAGAAUUCUUCAUUAGCAGAGACUGGAGCAGCAGCAACCACUUCCACUGUUUUCCUGGAUCAAACUUACAGUAUCAAAAUGACCAAAGCAUUUGUUGCAUCAACAUCGAAACAACCUGAUUUCUUUUAUUCACAUUCCGGAGAAGGAUCUGGAGAAAUGGACGCUCUUGAUUUAAUGUACACCUCUGGACCUACUCAGGCAACUGAUCAAAGAGACAGCACAAUUGCUUCUGAUGGAUUUCUGGGAAAGCAUCCAAUGGUAUCAAGAAAUGAGGCUCGAGCUACUGAUGGACCAACAGCUUCAGCAAUGUUACCGCAUCACUUAGAAUACAAUGAAAAUUCCCUGUAUCCAACUAGCACAUCGCCAAGCACAGUGCUGUAUGAGAGUCCCACAGAAGGUAUUGCAGAUAGUUUUCAAGACCACAUCAGAUUUGAAGGUUCUACCUUGAAGCCUAACAGGAAAAAAACCACUGAAAACAUUAUUAUAGAUCUAGACAAAGAGGAUAGUAAGGAUUUAGGAUUGACAAUUACUGAGAGUGCUGUUGUUGAAAUUCUACCUGAGCUGACAUCAGAUAAAAACAUUAUUAUAGACAUUGAUCACACUAAACCUGUAUAUGAGUACAUCCCUGGAAUACAGACGGACUUAGAUCCAGAUAUACCGUUGGGAUCACAUGGCAGUAAUGAAGAAAGCCUUCAAGUUCAAGAGAAGUACGAGGCAGCUGUUAACCAUUCUACAACUGGGGAAACAAGUGAGGGCUCUGGCGAUGCACUUUUUGCUGGCUACACUCAAACAAUGUACUCUGAGUCUGUAAGUUCUGAGGAUGGAAGGCAGGCAGAGCAUGCAAGCUUUAACUUUGUAACUGGAAUCCCAGUUCCUAGCAUGGAAACAGAAUUAGAUACUUUGUUUCCCACAAUGUCAACCCUGCACACUCCUAGUAAGCUACCCACAGUUAGUCCAGAAGUUAGAAAACCCAAAAUUGAAGCAGUAUCUCUGGAUGAUAUAUUUGAAUCAAGCACCUUGUCUGACGGUCAAGCUAUUGCAGACCAAAGUGAAGUAAUAUCAACACUGGGCCAUAUGGAAAGGACGCAGGAAGAAUAUGAAGAAAAGAAACACGGAGGUCCUUCUUUCCCACCAGAGUUCUUUUCAGGAGCGGGGGAGCCAUUGACAGGUCCCCCUGCAUAUGUAAGUAUUGGUAGUACCCACCUCAUGGCUCAGCAUUUAACAGAAACCCCUGAUGUGACAGAAGCAUCUGACUCCACACAUUACACUGAAGCAACAUCUGCAGUUUUCUCUCUGGCAGAGUUGUCUUCCCAGACACCACCUUCUCUCUUCCCUGUCUACAUAGACAGUGGAGUCUCUGAGUACCCAGAGGUUCCCCACACAAGUGAGCAGCCAGGUCCUAGUGCUGCCUCAUCACAGAGACCUGGAGAUGGUUCUUUUAAGGAAGCCCUUGCUAAUAUUGACACUACCAUUGAGCCAUCUGGUGAAGAGGAUGUCCACAGAACUGAAACUCCAGUGUUGCCUCCUGACUCUACAUUAGCUAUUUCAGAAGAUGAAAAUAACCAUAAAUUGUUAGAAGAACUAGAAACUUCUCCCACAGAACAUAUUGUUGAAGAGGAAACUGAGACAUUCCGAGAUUCCCCAAAGAAAGCCAAUGACCAAAUUGUAGGAGAAACAAUUGGAAUGUCCCCCAGUGUCAAAACACCAGAAAGUGGACCCCUCAUCAUAGCUGCAGAUGACAUUGAGUUAGUAGGUGUCACCCAUCAGCCACAUUCUGCUUCUGCUUCUGUGGCUUUCAGGGUUGAGACAGGUGUGGUUCCUCAGCCCAUCCCACAGAAGCCCAAGGAGCCUACCUUUCCUUCUUUGGAAAUUAACCAUGAAACAUACACAGCUUCAACUGGAGAAGACUCCAUAAAAGCAGCAUCUGAAAAACAAGUGUCAAAAAGAAUUCUUGAUCACAGUAAUCAGGCAACAGUCGGCACUCUGGAGCUAAGUACUGAGCAUCCAAUACCACCAUUUCUCACUCUGGACAAUUCUAAUGAAACUGCUUUCCUGGUUGGCAUUAAUGAAGAGUCCGUGGAAGGCACAGCAGUUUAUCUACCAGGACCUGAUCACUGCAAAACAAACCCAUGCCUCAAUGGAGGCACCUGUUAUCCUACAGAGACAUCCUAUGUGUGCACCUGUGUUCCUGGAUUCAGUGGAGACCAGUGUGAACUUGAUUUUGAUGAAUGUCAUUCUAACCCUUGUCGAAAUGGAGCCACGUGUGUGGAUGGUUUUAAUACAUUUAGGUGCCUCUGCCUUCCAAGUUACAUUGGUGCACUCUGUGAACAAGACACUGAGACUUGUGACUAUGGCUGGCACAAAUUCCAAGGACAGUGCUACAAGUACUUUGCUCACCGCCGCACAUGGGAUGCUGCUGAAAGGGAGUGUCGUCUGCAGGGUGCCCACCUCACAAGCAUCCUGUCUCACGAGGAACAAAUGUUUGUGAAUCGUGUGGGUCAUGAUUACCAGUGGAUAGGUCUCAAUGACAAGAUGUUUGAGCACGACUUCCGUUGGACUGAUGGCAGUGCACUGCAAUAUGAGAACUGGAGACCCAACCAGCCAGACAGCUUCUUUUCUUCGGGAGAAGACUGUGUUGUGAUCAUUUGGCAUGAGAACGGCCAGUGGAAUGAUGUUCCCUGCAAUUACCAUCUCACUUACACUUGCAAGAAGGGAACAGUUGCUUGCGGCCAGCCCCCUGUUGUAGAAAAUGCCAAGACCUUUGGAAAGAUGAAACCACGUUAUGAAAUCAACUCCUUGAUUAGAUAUCACUGCAAAGAUGGUUUCAUUCAGCGUCACCUUCCAACUAUCCGGUGUCUAGGAAAUGGGAGAUGGGCUAUGCCUAAAAUAACCUGCAUGAACCCAUCUGCAUACCAAAGGACUUAUUCUAAGAAAUACUUUAAAAAUUCCUCAUCAGCAAAGGACAAUUCCAUAAACACGUCAAAGCAUGAGCAUCACUGGAGCCAGAGGCUGCCGGAGUCGAGGCGCUGAUCCGUAAAAUGGCGACCAUUUGCUUCAUCAUUCAGCCAAAGUCCUGACCUUUCCGUGCCUUUCCUAGCACCUCAACAAGUAUUAGCAGUUGGUUUGGAUUUGGGGACUGCCGUCUGGUCAUUUGGGGUUGCUGUGCUCUUAAAAUCUUUUCAAUGAAACAUGGAAUUCAAAGUGAAUAAAAUGAAAGAAAAUGAGGGAAGAAAGUAUCCAUUUCCAGCCUACCUAAUUUCUUUAGUUUCCCGUCUGCCUCCAGUGCAGACUGUUGCUGUAUGCCAGCCUACUGUACUAUUUAAAAAAGAAAAGAAAAUGUAAGUUCAGCACCGAUGGCCAUGUAAAUAAGAUGAUUUAAUGUUGAUUUUAAUCCUGUAUAUAAAAUAAAAUGUCACACCGAGUUCGGGCAUAUUUAAUGAUGAUUAUGGAGCUUUCUAGGUCUUUAAUCAUUAGUUUGGCUGCUUCGCUAUAGCUUGUUUAGGCUGGAAAUGGUUUUGUCUGCCCAUUGACUGUCAUCUAGUUUGAAGACGGCUUUCCUGAACAACCAGCAAACACAGUCUUGGAGGCCUCUGUCUCCAUGGCAGCUCAGGCGCUGUGCUUGCCCGAGCUGAUACCCGGCGAAUGAGAGACUGACGAAACUUGGAGCUGCAGGGUGUGGCCCUGCUUUGCCACGUUCCUUUUUCUUCACUUAUGAGAAGGGCUCGAAUGGAGGACUUUUCUAUGACCUGGAACAUUUUUAGGGGUCAAAGUGCUAAUUAUUAACUUAACCAGGAUUCCUCUGUAAUGGCUUUCUUAACACUAAUGCUGGUAUGGCAAUGGAUCAAGGCAUUUGGAAUGGAUGUAGACAAAGGGUAUACGCCUUGUUGUGGAGGGUGGGGGUUCUUAAAACAAAACACUCAUGCAAAAAAGAAAACAAAUACCCUCCAUCUUGUACAUAUAACCAUUUUAAUCCUUUAUAAAUUUUUUGAAUGUUCAUGUAUGAAUGCUGCAGCUAUGAAGCACACCUAAAUAAAUGAAGUAAGCCAUACGGAUUUAAUUUAUUGGAUGUUAUUUUCCCCCAAGACCUGAAAUCAAUAUAGUACACUAGUAAUUUUUCAAUGUUAGCUUUUAUACUUCCUUCAUAGUUUGAAACCUUCUAAUAUAGGCACCCUGUUCCUGAUUCAAUAAUGUGAUGAAUAGAAUGCUUCAAGUGUUUAUUACAGAGAAUGGAAAAGCUUUUAGCUUUCAGUAAGUGGGAUCUGCCCAUUCCAAACAAGAGUGUAAGUGUAGAAAUAGUGUGGACAUUUCUUCCAGCUAGGUGAAGUGCAUAUGCAUUGAAGUUUUUGCCUCUCUCUCCACACCCCAUUUCCCUCUUGCAUUUGAAUAGUGGUCACUAAAGAUGACAUUGAAUCUUUACCCAGAUAUUAUAAGGUUCAAAGAUAAAACCACUAAUGGAAAGAAGGCAUUUAAGGCUUUUUCACUCUUUCACAAAGUUCAACUUUAAGAAAAAUUACCAAUAAAAAGUAAACAGAAACCAAACUUUAAAAUUAUACAAUGUAUACAAUGUAUACAGUGAACCAUCAUAGGGUGUCCCAUUAAUAUGGACAAAUUUUGUUUUACACAUGAGGUCAGAGUCAAUGUUCAAAGACAACAAGAAUAGAAAAAGAGAAGACUGGGCUGUCCCUGUGGCGAUUGUUUCUCAUGAAACUGCUUUUGGCAUAGAAGGAAUGACUGCUCAAAAGCAAACAUAGUGGCUUAGGAAGAUCCUGGGUCUUUGCAGUAAGUGUAGCCCAUCUUUCUGUGUUCUAAAGCACAGCAAAUCACGGUGUUGACUUAUUAAAACUUUCUCCUUUUUCAUUAAAAAGCACAUAAUCCUUCCCUGUAUUUAUAUUAUAACAUGUAUAGUGUAAAAUGUGAAUGACUUUUUUGUGAAUGAAAAUCUAAAAUCUUUGUAACUUUUUAUAUCUGCUUUUGUUUCACCAAAGAAACCUAAAAAUCCUUCUUUUA